CACCGUUUGGAGCAUUCGAGUGACCUAAGCCGUAUCUCACAGUAACUUCACAAGACAGAACGUGGUGAAAAAUGGAGGUUGCUGUGGCAGAGGAACCCCAGAAAAAGAUCUUCCGCGCUAGGAAAACGAUGAAGACGAGCGACCGGCAGCAGCUGGAAGCUCUCCACAACACCCUGACAUCAUCUUCCUCCUCCUCCUCCUCCUCUUCGCGACCCCACACCCCAUUAGUGAACGGCACGCACGCAGAGAACGGAAAGAAGGGGAAAGAGAAAGAGACGAACCACAAGGAGACGGACUCCAAGUCGCCCAGGUCUCACUCUCCGCUCCUCACCCUCGCUCUCUCUCGUUCCCCGUCGCCGUCCAAGACGGAAAAAGAGGAACCCGUCACCAUGGACGUGGAUGACGGACCCGCCAGCUCCCCCGAGGAGAAGAGCAGCAAGUUGUCGUCUCCCUCCUCUCCCUCGUCCCCGGCCCAGUCGGCCGGCCUGGAAUCGGACCCCGACGUGAAAGAGGGAUUCCUCUGUCUCAGCGAGGAGGAUGACGUGCAGGGAGAGAGGGAUGACAUGAACGAUACGAAAGACGAAAAGAUGGAUUCGGAUAGCGAGAAAGUCAAGGACGAGAAGGAUUCCCCCAGACCCAGAUCUGCUGCGCCCGACGACAGCCUUCCCACCGGGAGGAAGAGAGGCCGAGCGGAAGAGGAAGAGGAGGAGGAGGAGGAGAACGGAGGGAAAGGUGCAGAGAGCGAAAGAGACGAGAAGAGGCAGAAGGUGGAAGGUGUGGAACUGGAGGCUCAACUGGAACUGAAGAUCACGGCCAACGCUGGCAGUCGGCUCAAACUGGAAAAGUUGGUGCAGCAGCUGGUUGAGGAGAGAUUGCGGGCUUUGCAGCUCACCGUCUUCGACCAGAGUUUACAGGAGCUGAGAGAGAGGGUGGAGAAGAUCGACUGUGCCACUAAACACCAGACAACCCUUAACACACUACAGGCCAAGAUCGCGAGACUGGCCAAGAAGUUUGGAGCCGCCAAUCAGGCGUCCGAGAACACAAAGAAAACUCAAGAGGCACUUGCCGCCGCUGCUGCUGCAAAGGCUACGUCUUCUGCCAACACAGCUCAAAAUGCCCAACGGACUGUUAAGGUCACAGUGGACCCUAAGAUGAACAAUCAGAGUCCAAGUGCGACCAGUUCUGCUACACCAGCCCAGCCCAAACCCCUCUCCACCCCGGCUACACCCACCUCCUCCGCUCUGGCUUCUCCUGCGCCCCCCAUUCUGCAGAUCAUCUCCACGACGACAAGCUCCACCCCCUCGUCUUCAUCCACGCUGACGGGUCAGACCCAGACUGGCACGUUGCUGCUGAAAACUGGCCCGGGCACCGGGGUCAUGACCUCGUCACCUGCGACCUCGGGGUCGCAGCCUGUGUCGAUCCAGCCUUUGCUGAUCCAGUUGCCCUUAGCGAUGGCCAACGGGCAGAGCGGCGCGCUGGUAACCACGCACAACACUGCCGGUGGGGUCGGACUCAUCCCCGUGUCGUCCCUAGCAACCGUGAACAACCUCAACAAGGCCAAGACCACGACCCCCGGCACGACCUUCAUCCUGCAGAAGACCAGUGCCACCACGUCUUCGACGCCCUCAUCGUUAUCAUCCUCGUCCGGCCAGGCCGCGGUGGCGAGGCCGGUCCACCAGGGGGGCAGCGGGAUGAUCAGCACGCCGAGCGCCGGCGUCUCCGUGACGACGGCCCGCGUGCCCACCCAGUGCGCCGCCGGGAUAGGCGUAGCCUCCGCCUCCUCGUCUCCGGCGACCACAGGCCCGGCGGCCACGGGGUCGGGGGCGGUCGGACCGCCCUCUGCUGCUGCCAUGGCAUCAAAAACAGAUAAUCAAGCAUCAAACUCUGUAAACAAGAUGCCAACACAGGCUGCUCGAGCCAAAGGCUCUGUCAUCGACCUCACAGAAGACGAUGACGACGUCCAAGUGACUGGAGUGAAGAAAGCCCCAGUUCCCCCAUCAGCCAUUAACCAGCGUCCCUCAGGACAGCCCCCUCCUCUCAUUAGCUCCACGCCCACCGGUUCCACUGCGCGAUCUUCUCCAGGACAGCGCGUUGGCAAUAACUCUCAGCUCGCAUUAAACCGCUCCCCAAUGGACUCCCCAUCCAAAUCUCGUCCGGGGUCUUCCUCUGCUACCUCCUCCUCCUCCUCCUCCUCCUCCUCAGUGACUCUCCCUCCUUUGCCGUUACCACCCGGCAUCCCGGUCCGCUUGCCCCCGGAAGCGGCCCAGACGUCUCCUCCACAGCAGCCUCAGCUGAAGCUGGCGCGCGUCCAGAGCCAGAACGGCAUCGUCUUGUCCUGGUGCGUGGCCGAAACCGACCGCAACUGCGCGGCGGUGGACAGCUACCACUUGUACGCCUAUCACCAGGACCACUCUGCCAACGCGACCCAGUCCCUUUGGAAGAAGAUCGGGGAGGUGAAGGCUCUCCCCUUGCCCAUGGCCUGCACCCUGACGCAGUUUGUGUCCGGAUCCACGUACUACUUUGCCGUGAGGGCCAAAGACGUGUACGGUCGUUUCGGGCCCUUCUGCGAACCUCAGUGUACUGACGUCAUCAGUACUUCGUCCUCUUGAGCGGACGGAGCGGAGGCACG